AAAAGAAAAAUUAUUUUUAGAUUCACUUCAGUCAAAAAAAUAUUGUCAAAUUCAAAUUCUGCAGAGGCCUAAUGAGAAACUAUCGGAUAUCAAAAUGAUGUACGAAAGAGCUUCUAUCUCUCCUUUCUCUAGGAGAAGGUUGACAAGGGAUUGGCGUAUCUUAGCAGAAGAUGUUGAAGACUACAGAUUCAGCAAGUGCACCACUAGAAGAAAAACUUAUGUCAACGAAGUAUGGUUGGAAAGUAACAUUGACCUGCAAAAUUUGGUUUUCAACACUCUGGAAUUUGUGACCGGCAGUACUUACGAAGGACAAUGCAGCAAAACUGGAAUGGAAGGUGUGGGCACUUACACUUUUCCUCAUGGUGUGGUCUAUGAAGGUCAAUUCAGGGACGGGAUGUUUCACGGCAAAGGAAUACUGGUUUAUCCUCAGGGACAAGCUAUGAAUUGUACCUUCCAAAAGGGAAAAUUGACAGAAUGGGAGUUUCUAUUUAGUGCAACUGCUGCACCUGAACCUGAAGAAGAUUAUACUUAUCCAGAUUCAAGGAGACAAUCUCCUGCUAGUGACUUUUCUAUCAAGUUCAAAACAGAAGCGGAAACGGACAUGGCAACGUACUGCAAGCCACCGGACCGGAGAUUCCACGUGAGUUAUUCUGAAGGACUCAAAGGAGCACCUAAGGAAAAUUUGAGCAACAUCAGACCAACAAGAGAGCCACCAGAAGGGUGUUAUGAUGUUGGAGAUGGUUUCUUCAAUCCAAAGACCAAAUGGGUGCAUCGUGCUGGUGAUAUGAGCACCUACUUGUACAUGAUACCGGAGGGAAAGAAAAAAUCAAAGCUGUCGUCUGAAAAAUCUCGAAGGGAAUUUAUAGAGAAAAUACCAACCGUGCCGAUCUACAAAAACGAGAAGUGGGUUAAGGACCACUGUAGGAAAGCUUGGGAUGAAAAUGUUGGCUACAAGCCCAGCCUCUACGAGUAUUGGUUCACUGGAAAAAAUAGAGAUAGGGAAAAAUUGAAGAUGAGGUAUGAAGACGAGGGUGGUCGUUUUGUAAAGGAGGAAUCUAUAAAUGAGGAAUGCCUCAAAUAUUUCACAGAUAACGUUCCUUCUACUGAAAACGUGCACAAAAAUACUUAUGAUCAGAUGGAGUGAAUAAAAUACUUCAACUU